AUGUCGUCAAACGACCCGAAUCACGAGAAUGAAGAGGACUAUAUGCAGGCCGACGAUGCCGAAGAGAUCUAUGAGCGUGAUGAGGAUCAUCAUAUGUCAGAUGGAGAUGAGUAUGAUGACGAGAACAUGACCAUCGAAGAUGAGAUCACCUUCCAAAACGACUCAGUGGCACACUUCGACUCGCACUCAGACUCCGUAUUCUGUGUUGCCCAGCACCCGGUAUACAACAACAUUGUAAUGACCGGUUCUGGCGAUGACACAGCCUACAUCUUUGAUUCGACCCCGGCACCGCGUCCCGUGCUUCCAUCAAGCUAUGAAUCAAACCCUCAGCCAAGGGAGCGCGAGUCUCUCUCGCCUCUGGCCAAGCUCGACGGGCACACUGAUACUGUGAAUGCCGUGGUUUUCACUGAGCCAGCUGGAGAGUAUGCCGUUACGGCGGGUCUGGAUGGCAAGCUGCGAGCUUACCGGGAUACCACACCCCAGAAGACCGGACUCGCAUGGGAGUUCUUCGGCGAGGUGCAGGAAGUGGAAGAGAUUAAUUGGAUGGCUGUGUGUCCCUACCAGCAAGGCAACGAAGCGACACAGAAUGUUAUUGCUAUCGGUUCCAAUGAUGGCAGCGCGUGGGUCUUCCGUAUCGAUCAUACCGACCCUGGGCAGCCUAUCUCCAUCAUUCAGACCUUCUUCUCGCACACCGAAUCAUGCACGGCAGGCGCGUGGACACCUGAUGGAAAUCUGUUGGCCACUGUUUCUGAGGACAGCAGCUUCUUUGUUUACGACGUAUUUGGAGCUGCUGCCGCCGCCGGCAUUGAGUACUCCCCGGGUACUAAUGCCAUCCUUGGAUUGAAUGGAGAGGAUCAGCGCUUUGCCGUUGAGGGUGGUCUUUACACUAUUGCCAUUUCUCCUAGCGGUGGUAUCGCUGCAGUGGGUGGUGCUGAGGGCAACAUUAGAGUUGUCGGUCUCCCCCGGAUCGCAGCAGGUGCCCCUGCAACCAAGGGUAAGGCCAAAAGCGCAGCCACCCAAUCCGGUUCCACCGCUGCAGGCACUAUUAUGGCCGCAUUGCAGACUCAAACGGACAACAUUGAGUCCCUCUCGUUCUCCCAGGCCCCAUUCACCCUUCUUGCGGCUGGAUCUGUGGAUGGCUCGAUCGUGAUGUACGAUGCGGCUCAUCGAUUUGCGGUCCGUCGGCACAUUAGAGAUGCCCAUGAGGGAAGCGCUGUUGUCAAGGUUGAGUUCCUGCCUAGCAACAAGCAGCUCGGUGCAACUGCCCCCGCAGCCAACCAGAACCGCUCUUGGAUGCUCACGUCUGUCGGCCUGGAUGGCGUGGUCCGACGUUGGGACGCACGCGGUGGAACCGCCGCGGCUUCUCAGGGACUGAUGCAGGAGUGGAAGGGACACAUGGGUGCUACGGAAAAUGAAGAGGGCGAGCAAGCUGGUGGCAUCAUGGGCUUCGUGCAAGGCCUGGAUGGAAAGCGCAUUGUCACUGCCGGUGAUGAUGGUAUUUCGCUCGUAUUUGAGGAGUAA